UCUGCUGCAAAACACGCCCGGGGAACCGGGCACGACCCCGGGGUCCGCGGUGCCGUCGGCGGGGCGGAGGUGGCCCCGGCUUCCCCGCGUACCGCGGAUCCCCCUGGCCGGCUGCCCGCCGAGGGGGCGGCGGCCGCGGGGCUCUGCCAGCCGCAGGUGUGUCCUGCCCAAGGCGCGGCCCUCUCGCAGGUACUAAUCGCCGCCCUGCCCUGACCGCCUUCUGCAUUCGCCGCCCCGCUCCCCCGGAGCCAGCGGUGCUCGAGCGCGGCCGGGAUGUACGGGGGCCAGCAGCAGCUGCAGCCCCCCGCGCUGCCCCCGCACCUCUCGCAGCAGCACCAGCAGCAGCACCACUACUACCGGCGCCAGCAGCACUACAGCACGCUCCCCGCCCGCCGGCCCGCGUCCUGCCCGGAGCCGCUGCCCCGGCCCCUGCCCUGCCGGGAGCCGCCGCCCUGCCCGGAGCCCCCGCCGCAGCCGCCGCCGUGCCGGGAGCCGCCGCCCUGCCCCGAGCCGCCGCGGCCCCUGCCCUGCUUCGAGCCCGCGCCCCAGCAGCACCAGCAGCAGCAGCAGCAGGAGAGCGGCGUGGCGUACGACCGGGUGCGGACCUACGGCCCCGGCUGCCGGCGGGUGAGCACGUCCUGCUCCUCCCGGGCGGCCUCGCCGAUGGAGUGCUCGCACGGCUACCAGCAGAUCCUCUCCGGCUGUGACCCGCUGCAACAGGGCACUAUUCGAAGGAUUAUUAUCGAGAAUCCUGAUCAGGAGCCGUUAUCCCCAUUUCUUAGAGGGGGGAAUUUCUUUCCUGGAAAUAAUGUAAUCUAUGAAAAGACAAUAAGAAAAUAUGAGCUUUUAAAUCCACAGCAAGAGAAGCAGUACCAGUUUUCCCAGCAGUGCCAGGCUCCCCCGGACCAGUGCCACCCUGCCCAGCCCUGCCAGCAGCCCCCAGUCACACACCAGUGCCAGCACACGCAGACCAGCAGCCCCUGUGAAGUAUUUCCAGUCUCUGUGAGCGAUGACUGCGGGGGAAACACAGUGAGGAGGGUCACGGUUCAAACCUGCGAACCGGUGAAUUGCUCCCAGGACAACCACGACCAGCUGGACUGCCGCUACUUCGGUGAGCUCCUUGCUGAGCUGAACCGCAAGACCAGCGACCUGUACAGUUGUUUACUACAGCACGUGGAAAAGAUAGGAGGAAGGAACCACGACAUUGAAUUUUCAUCUCAGAAUGAAGAUAUUGAAGAUUUAAUUCCUAAAGGACUGUCUGAGGCAACAAAGCAGCAGAUUCGUUAUCUCCUCCAGAUGAGAGUGACAUCGGAUAAAUCUUUGAGACUUGUGCUUUCCACUUUCAAAAAUCUACGUGAAGAGCUCAGCCACUUGCAGGAUGACCUGGGGAAGUUAGAAACCGACAAUGUCUUACUGAAGAAGGAUUUGGCUUUUAAAGAUUCUCAAGUAAAAGAAUACGAAACCAUGUUGGCUUCUCUGAGAGAGAAUAAUCGCCAGCAGCAGGCGCUGCGGGACAGCACGGCGCGGUGCCGCUCGCUGGAGGAGCAGCUGCUCUCCCUGCGGCUCAGCGAGGGCGACAAGGAUUGUCAGCUCAAGGAGCUGGAGUACGGCAAGCGCGCCCUGGAGCAGGAGAUCCAGAGCCUCCGGCUGCAGGCCUGCUCUAGUCCAACGCUCCAGACCACCACAGAUGAGCUCUCCAGCCGUUACGUAGAGAUGAUCAAUAACUUGAGAGAGGACAAAGAUCGUGAGAUCCGCAGUCUCAGGUCUCAGUUAUCCCAAUUCCAUCAAGAUAUAUCACGGAGAGAAGGAAGUAACAGUGACUUGCAAAUAAGGUUGCAUGAACUGACAUCGACGCUGGAGGAGAAAGAUGCCGUUAUCAAACAGCAGCAAGAGGAACUCUUCAGAUUGAAGCAUGAGAAAUUAUCAGGCAAUCCAUCCCCUGGUGUAACAACUAUCAUCACUAAGAAGUACAGGAAUCAGUAUCCUAUUCUGGGUCUCCUGUCUGACGACUACAAGGCGACAUCACCUGUCAAUAAAUCACAGACUAUUGUAAUUGAGAGGACUGGAGAGAUAUGGAAACAGGAAUGAAAGAAGCCCCUAAGCCAGAGCUGCUCAAAGGUGAAUUCAAGUGCUUUACUUUCUGCUAUUCUGCAUCCGAAAAAGGUUCGGUCUGACAGUGAGAAAGGCUGGGGAAUGCACUAAGGACAUGGAAGCAUGAAGAUAUGGAAAACACGGUCUCAUCCCCACCAUAAAGAACUCGGUUACCUGUGUCCGUUAACAGCUGUGUACAAGUCUCCCCUGUACUUCUGCACCCUUAUGUUUCCCUCAGGAGAGCGCUGUGCCUUGCUUUUGUGUGGACUUGGGUUUCUUGACAUGACUGACUUCUGUUCUCCAGCCAGUCCCGAUGCAAUCUGAGACACAAAAGGAAUAAGCGUGAAACCUUUUCCUUUUUUUCCUAUUAGCCUCCUCUUCUGUCCUGUCUCCUCCCGCUGAGAAGUGAGCGGGAUACCAGUUGAAGUCCCAUACACAACGAGUGGCUGGUUCCGGCACAGACGGACUCACAUUGACACUUUAUCUACUGCUGCCUGUUGAAGAUGAAGCAAACCCCAGAAUCAACCUUCAUGGGGAACUUUAAAAAUACCUCACUGAAAAACGCUGACCUUGCAUCUGCCUGCGCAGGGGAACCUAAAACACACAGGAAAAUGUCUCAACUCACCCCAGCUACACAACUCAAACUUAGCUACCGAGUUGGCAAAUACCAGAGUUAUGUAUUUCAGUGCAACAACAGGGCAAAUGCUAAUUCUAAAUAUGCCACUGACCUCAGAGCUGAUGUAUUUUCAGCUGAAUCUUUAAUUCCCCAAACCAGCCAUAAGUAUUUCCUUCGCCUUGCUUAAAAAGUUCAAGAACUUGGUAUAUUUUUAUAUAGAAAAUCUUCCUAUGAGAAUAGCUCAUAGGCCAAACUUCAUUCUCAGACCAAGCUUCCAUUUACAAUUUUUGCUCCUUGCAGGACCACAGCAAUUCUCUCAAAAUGAUUUGGUAUGAAUAAUUAAGCAGUUGUCUCAGCAACACAGUGCAGAGAAUCGCGGGAAAUUUUGAACUAUGCAAUCAAAAGGUGCUAGCUCUUCAGCAUGGGGUUCUUGCUUUGCUUUAUUUCUUUAGACAUAUAUUUCUGUUCACAAAUAAUAUAUAUAUAUAUAUAUCUGUCUAUCUCAUGACAACAUUUAAUGGUGAAAGCAAGCUGUAGGCUAUGUGUAACUAUGAAAUAAACCCAAGAUAAACUUCUGA